AUGGGGGCGGGCGCGGGGAUGGGUGGGCGGGGCGGGGGCGGGGCCACGGGCACGUGCGCGUCGUGGUGUUUAGGAGCGCGGCUGCGUGCGGCGGCGGCGGGCGCGGGGAUGGGUGGGCGGGGGCGGGGGCGGGGCCACGGGCACGUGCGCGUCGUGGUGUUUAGGAGCGCGGCUGCGUGCGGCGGCGGCGGGCGCGGGGAUGGGUGGGCGGGGGCGGGGGCGGGGCCACGGUCACUUGCGCGGCGGCCAGCUCCUGCGCGGGGGGCCCGGCCUCGGCCAGGCGGUCGCGCGCCUCCACGAAGAACAUCACGUCGCGCAACUGCUCCUUCAGCUCCCUCACCUGCAAGGGAUUCACGCACACAUAAGAGAGAAACAUUCACAAAAGCAACAUCUGUUUUUCAUAGAUUUCGAGACGCCAGUGAGGCGUAAAUUAUAACUUAUAUUAGCCCCGUAUUAUAUAGUUACUCGAAAGAGAAAGGAAAGUAUUUUCGGAGUCUAUUUCGAUGCAAACAAACGAACAUACAAACAACCAACUUUUCUUCUUUAUAAUAUAAGUGUAGACAUACGAUGAGUAUACGUAAACUGUAUAUUACCUGGUGCAUGAGUUCCUGCUCCUGGCUGCUGGCGGUGUGCUGCCACUCCUGGUGCGAGCGCGCCAACGCGGCCGCCAGUCCGCGCUCCUCGGCCAACUCGCCCUGCAGCGCGCCCACUCUACACACACGUCCACCAUUACAUAUACGGCCAGCUCGCCCUGCAGCGCGCCCACUCUACACACACGUCCACCAUUACAUAUACGGCCAGCUCGCCCUGCAGCGCGCCCACUCUACACACACGUCCACCAUUACAUAUACGGCCAGCUCGCCCUGCAGCGCGCCCACUCUACACACACGUCCACCAUUACAUAUACGGCCAGCUCGCCCUGCAGCGCGCCCACUCUACACACACGUCCACCAUUACAUAUACGGCCAGCUCGCCCUGCAGCGCGCCCACUCUACACACACGUCCACCAUUACAUAUACGGCCAGCUCGCCCUGCAGCGCGCCCACUCUACACACACGUCCACCAUUACAUAUACGGCCAGCUCGCCCUGCAGCGCGCCCACUCUACACACACGUCCACCAUUACAUAUACGGCCAGCUCGCCCUGCAGCGCGCCCACUCUACACACACGUCCACCAUUACAUAUACGGCCAGCUCGCCCUGCAGCGCGCCCACUCUACACACACGUCCACCAUUACAUAUACGGCCAGCUCGCCCUGCAGCGCGCCCACUCUACACACACGUCCACCAUUACAUAUACGGCCAGCUCGCCCUGCAGCGCGCCCACUCUACACACACGUCCACCAUUACAUAUACGGCCAGCUCGCCCUGCAGCGCGCCCACUCUACACACACGUCCACCAUUACAUAUACGGCCAGCUCGCCCUGCAGCGCGCCCACUCUACACACACGUCCACCAUUACAUAUACGGCCAGUUCGCCCUGCAGCGCGCCCACUCUACACACACGUCCACCAUUACAUAUACGGCCAGCUCGCCCUGCAGCGCGCCCACUCUACACACACGUCCACCAUUACAUAUACGGCCAGCUCGCCCUGCAGCGCGCCCACUCUACACACACGUCCACCAUUACAUAUACGGCCAGCUCGCCCUGCAGCGCGCCCACUCUACACACACGUCCACCAUUACAUAUACGGCCAGCUCGCCCUGCAGCGCGCCCACUCUACACACACGUCCACCAUUACAUAUACGGCCAGCUCGCCCUGCAGCGCGCCCACUCUACACACACGUCCACCAUUACAUAUACGGCCAGCUCGCCCUGCAGCGCGCCCACUCUACACACACGUCCACCAUUACAUAUACGGCCAACUCGCCCUGCAGCGCGCCCACUCUACACACACGUCCACCAUUACAUAUACGGCCAGUUCGCCCUGCAGCGCGCCCACUCUACACACACGUCCACCAUUACAUAUACGGCCAGCUCGCCCUGCAGCGCGCCCACUCUACACACACGUCCACCAUUACAUAUACGGCCAGCUCGCCCUGCAGCGCGCCCACUCUACACACACGUCCACCAUUACAUAUACGGCCAGUUCGCCCUGCAGCGCGCCCACUCUACACACACGUCCACACACAACACACAUGUACACUAUAA